UUUAACAGCCAGAGUUUUAGAGAUAUCCUAGCUAAAGUGCAGAAAGCUGUGGAUGAGUUGAACCUUCACUCAUACUCUAACUUGCCUGCUUGGGUCAAYACCCUUGACAAACAGGUCGAGAUGCGUCUGUCAAGUCGYCUUCAGGCUGGUAUCAAAAGCUGGACUGACUGUCUAAGAGGAAACAAGAGCACCAAGCACCUUGAUGAUACUGAUACUGCAUCACUUGCAGCACACAAACCUGGUGGAGAUCCAGACAUCCUUCAAUCAAUCCAUGAAGUCUGCAUCCAGAACCAAGUGCUUUUCAUGCGACCUCCWGUAGAACGAGCAAGAGAGCAUUUGGUCAAUGAGAUGCACAGAUGGGUCGGCAUUAUAACUAUGUURCCAAGGAUACAAAGCUCAAGAUAUCAGGUUGGGGUUGAGCGUGAUGAAUCAGAAUCAGAGACCACCUACAGGAAUCUUCUUGCUAAGCUGCCCGAGGGACCUGUUGUACUUGARCAGGCAUAYGCUGCUGUUGAAGAAAGAGUUGCYAAAGUAGAAGAGUAUGAACACAUGUGGCUGCAGUACCAGGCAUUGUGGGAUAUGGAUAUUGGUAAUGUCUAUAACAGGCUCGGCGAAGAUCUUAGCAAGUGGAUGAAAGUACUCAAGGAAAUCAAGAGAUCACGUGUAACCUUUGACACCUCUGAUACCAAGAAAGUGUUUGGUCCAGUUGUUGUUGACUUUGCUCAAGUUCAGUCUAAAGUCAACAUGAAGUAUGACACUUGGCACAAAGAUGUACUCAGCAAGUUUGCCUCAAGACUUGGUGAUGGAAUCCAGGAAUUCUAUGGCACUGUUUCCAAGGCACGAGGUGAUAUGGAACAGCAGACAAUUGAAGGAGCUUCGACAUCAGAUGCUGUGGCUUUUAUCACUGUGGUCCAAUCACUGAAAAGAAAGCUGAAAAACUGGGAUAAGAAUGUUGAGAUGUACAAAGAAGGCCAACGUAUUCUGGAGCGACAACGGUUUGCCUUCCCACCAUCCUGGUURUAUGUUGACAAUGUUGAGGGUGAAUGGGGAGCUUUUAAUGACAUCCUGAAGAGAAAGGACUCCAGCAUCCAAACCCAGGUUGCAACACUSCAAAUGAAGAUCAUCUCUGAGGAUCAGACAGUCGAGGCUCGUUCAACAGAGCUGCUUACAGAAUGGGACAAGACUAARCCUGUAGCGGGUAACAUCAGACCUGAUCAAGCUCUCAAUGCAAUUGCUGUYAUUGAAGGAAAGUUUGCAAGACUUAAAGAAGACAGGGACAAUGUUGCUAAAGCCAAAGAAGCCUUGGAGUUGAUUGAACCAGGAACUCUGGUUCCAAGUGAAGAGAAAGUCCAGGUAGCAUUGGAGGAGCUUCAGGACCUGAAAGGUGUCUGGUCUGAACUGGCCAAAUUCUGGGAGAAAAUCGAAGAACUGAAGGAAAGACCAUGGUUGUCUGUACAGCCAAGAAAGCUUCGUCAGUCUCUGGAAGGUUUGCUGAAUGACAUGAAGGCUCUCCCUUCACGAUUGCGCCAAUAUUCAUCAUUUGAAUUUGUUCAGAAUACUAUCAAGUCUUAUCUAAAGAUCAAUGUGUUGAUAGUGGAGCUGAAAUCMGAGGCACURAAGGAGCGACACUGGAAGAACCUGAUGAGAAGGCUUCAUGUUAGUUGGGUUUUGACUGAUUUAACCCUUGGUCAAGUCUGGGACGUUGACUUGUUGAAGAACGAAGCUGUUGUAAAGGACACMAUUCUUGUAGCUCAAGGYGAAAUGGCMCUGGAAGAAUUYUUGAAACAGGUUCGUGAUGUAUGGCAAGGCUUUGAGCUGGAUUUGGUGAACUACCAAAACAAGUGCCGUAUC